AUGAAGAAAGUCACACUGAGUCAAUCGAAAUGGGCACCGUCAUCAGCGAGGAAUGUGUCUGAGCAUCCUCAUCAUCCAGUUAAUGGGACAUACUCAGAGGCAGGAACAAGGAUAGCUUCGUUGGAAAAGCGGCACAAUGCACGGCUGCAAUCGUAUCAGAAGUUUCUGAAGUCUUUUCGACGACUAAAAUGGAAGUCUACCACACUACUAUUUUGCCAUCAUCGAGCACUAUUGCAGGAGACCAACAAUGUCAUCAACAACACCAAUUUCCCGAUAUCCUCCGACACGGGCAAGGCUAAUGCUGCAGAGAUCAUGUUUAAGGUCGAUUUCUUCGAAUGGUAUGCAUUGCUUGAGCGCGUCCUGGUCAGUCUUUUGGGAUGCUAUGGUAUGGUAAUCAACGCCGACCAUACUACAGAAACUGUGCCUCUACCACCCACCGAAAAUGCAACAAAUCCGAACGAGCAGUCGACUAUACACAAAACCGAGGACAGUAUUAUUGGUGAUUCUGUCGCUUUCCAUGGCUACGCUCACCGCUUUCAUGCCAACGUCCUGGCUGCGUUCGAUCAACCUUCAAAUCCAUUGCGUCACGUACUAGGCGAAGGCAUGGUCCGACAAUAUCUUGGCAUUGCGAAAGAGUUUCGGAAUAGGUGGAAGGAGAUCGAGUUGGAACAUGUUGAUCAUGAAAGUCAACUUGCCAGCAUGCACAAGAGUUACCGUCAAAUUCUUACAGAUUUGAAGCUUGAAGACUUACUGGCCAUGAUCUUGAGCGCGUUGGGGCAGUCAGAGGCACAGACGGCCAUACACCUUGCUGCAGCUCAUGGAUCGAGAGAGGUCAACAUGAUCAACGCUGAUGAUGACGACGGCGCCUAUAACGUGGACGAGGUGGGUGACUUGAUGGACUGGGAUUGA